AUAAGUAAAAAAUGUUGAAAAUAUCUCGAAUUUGUCAGUUUAUAUAUAUAUAUAUAUAUGUAUAUAUGUGUAUAUAUUAAAUUUGACAAAUUUUUGAAGUUGUUGAACAAAUGUAGUUACAUACACGCGUAGAUGUAUCUUUCGUAUCCAAGUGAUAUCAGAAUUAAUAUCCGGCCUUCGCUAGUUGAUUAGUUCGCGCAAUGAUUUGGCAUUAAGGUGCGCAUGAAGUACGAUAAAGGAACCGCUGUCACAAUGUUUUGCCAAAAUAGUGUACGUUGAUAUAAUUAAAAAAAAAAAAAAAAAAAAAAAAAAAAAAAAAAAAAAAUAACAGAAAAAUGGGAGGAAUAAGUUGGAGCGAGUUAUUUCCGGGAAGAUGGAGUUCUGUCAUAUUUAUUUCCUAUAUAGCUCUUUUUAUAAAUCAAGGUAUUCUUGUGACAUGGUCUCAAAGAAGUGGUCGUUAUGAGUAUAAUACUGUGGCAGUUGUAUUGAUGACAGAAGUUUUAAAAUUAGUUAUAUCUGCAGCACUCUAUUGUAAGGACAAUAGUAUUUUAACUCUAAUUCAGGAGACAAAGAAGAAUAAAAAGGUGCUUCUACUGUAUAUGAUACCUGCAUUUUUAUACUGUCUCUACAACAAUCUAGCAUUUGUCAAUUUGGCUAGAUUUGAUCCUACAACAUACUAUAUUUUGCUGCAAUUUCGCGUUGUGCUUACGGGAAUCAUAUUUCAAGUCAUUUUUCGCAAAAAAUUGUCUACGAUACAGUGGUUUUCACUAGUAAUCUUGACAGUUGGUUGUAUGAUAAAACAUUUUGAUGUCCAUGUCUUUGACACAGAAUUCCAUGUAGAUAUUUCUCUAUUUCUAAUUCUUAUACAGACAACAUGCUCUUGUUUAGCUGGUGUUUAUAAUGAAUACUUGCUCAAGCAUCAAGGUGCAGACAUUGACAUUUUUGUACAAAAUGUAUUUAUGUAUAUUGACAGUAUUUUCUGCAAUAUUAUAGCAAUUGUUUUAUUGACAACAUUCAAGAACAGUGUUAGCGAUACAUUUAAUAACGUUGAAAUCAGUUCAUCUUUGCAACCGAAAAUAAUAUUAAUUAUGUUAAAUAAUGCAAUUGUUGGAAUAAUAACAAGUUUCUUCUUGAAAACUUUAAAUUCUAUAUUAAAGACUUUUGCUAGUGCAAUGGAACUGAUUUUUACAGCAGUGUUAUGCUGGAUUUUGUUUAAUAUAGUUAUUAAUACAAAUACUGUCAUUUCUAUAGCUAUGGUAAGUUUAGCCAUUAUUUUAUAUUCAAAAAAUCCUGUACAAAACACUCAAUCUAAGGAGACGACAGAAAGCAGAAAACUUCUAGUAUAAACACACACAUACACAGUAUCAAUAUUAAAUUUUUAAAAUAAUAAACAUGUGUGCCACAAAUAAAAUUAUGAAACAAAGUGAUAGAGUGUGUAUUACCAUUAAUAUUAAAUUGUUAUAAAUUUUUUUCUUCGUGAUAAUACAAACUUUACACAAUAGUUUUCAAAAAUUAUGUUAUAUAUUGUAUAAUAUAUUCAAUAUGUUAAUUUUAAUAUAAUGACUGUUUACAAAUCAGAACAUUACAAUUUUUUAUUAGCAAAUUAAUAGAGAAUUAGACAGAUUCAGAUUAUAAGAAUUAAUUAGCAAUACUAAUCUCUUUACUUUUAAAAUUAAAGAAAUUUUAUAUAUGUGUGUGUCAAAUUAUAAAAUUCAAAUAACUUUAUAUUUUGAUACAUUUUAAUUUUUUUAAACAUAUUCAAAAAUAGAAUAAAUUUUAAGAUAUAUGUGAGUUAUAUAUGAUACAUAUUUUGAGACAUCAAAUUUUGAUACCACAAUCUGUGUAAAUAUAUCUUAUAUACUGUUUAUACUAAUUCAAUAAAGGAGUGUAAUAUGCAAAUUAAAGGAUUAUUUUGUUAAAAUCUUUAUUAUAUAUAUAUUAUUUUUUAUAUUAUACACACAUGGCUUUUUUAUUUACACACACACACAUAUCUAUAAACAGAUAUCUAAUAGUUGUCAAGCUUUAUACACAAACAUACACAUUUUAAACGUACAAUUCCUUAAAAGUAAAUUUUUGAAUGCUGUCCACAUAUAAUUUAUUUAUAUUUUUUAUUUCCAAAUAGUCUAUUUGGAAGCUCGUACAUGGAAAAGUUCUAUCACAUAUACACAUAUGAUGUGUACUACAUAUCAAGAAAGUUGAAAAAUUAUUAUGUUAUUCGUCUCAUAGUUUAAUUGAAAAAUUAUGUAUAUGUUGAAUAUUAUUACUAGCAAAUUUAUGGUAAUACUUAAACUAUCAACAACAUAUAUAUGAAUUUUCUAGUCUUCUGAUAAAUUUGUUAUAAUUUGUAGAUAUUUAAAUUGCUUUUUAUAUUUCAAUGAAUUUUUAAUUAGUUUAUGAAUGUUAUGAAUGAAUGUAAAAAAGCUAUAUGCACAAAUUAUAUUUAAAUAGCUGUAACAAGAGCAAACUCAUUUAUAUUUAUUAGUAGAACAUGUGUAAGGAACAUUAUCUCACAUGAUUGGUAUUGUCAAAGAUUAUAAUCAGAAGUAAUGCAAUUAUAAAUUACUAUAACUUAUUUUAUAUAUAAAUACAUCACAAAUGCAAAACUAUAUAGUGUUCCUGAAGUAAGUCGUCAGAUUUUGUUUACUUGAAAAUUUCAGGGACAUCUUAUAUAUUUUUGCAGUUAACGUAAUCUAAAAAAAAAAAAAAAA